AUGCUCGGCAUCGGGCUGAGCCUGGCUUCAGGUGCCGUGUGCCUGGCGUGGCUGGUGCUGGUCGCGGCGGCGGUCCCGGGGGCUCAGGAGGACCCGGAGCCGUUCCUGCUGCACGGACCCCGCCCGGGACCCACCCGGGACUCGCUGCUGCUCGCCAACACCGGGCUGAGGGUGCCCUUCGGCCGAUCGGUCCACCUCGACCCGCUCAGCGACCUGGUGAUCGCGGUGCGGCCGGGAGACAGGUGCUCGGUCACGGUGCUGGACGGCGACCCUCUCUCGCAGAGACCGGGAACCCUCUCGCCCGAGAAGUUCCCGUGUCAGUUCGGCCCGGGCGAUGUCCGGUACACUCACCUGGGCUCCAGGAGCCCCAACAGGGACAGGGUCAAGCUCCAGCUCCGCUACGACACUCAGACCCACACGGUGGUCGUCCCCUUCCUGCUGGAAGUGCAGGUGGUCUUUCAGCAGCUGGAGGUCCUCACCCGCAACAUGCCCUUGGUGGUGGACAAGCUGAACGGCCUCAGCAACCCCAUCGACAAGAAAGUGCUGGGCUACACCUUCGAGAGGACUUCGGAGACGUGCGGGAUCGCCACUCGGCCGGGGGGCGGAGGGCUGCCCAGGUACGGUCAGCUCUUAAAUGUCUCGUCUGACGGGCAGAUGAUGGACUGCGAUGCCUUCGCGAGUUCGGGCAUUCGUUACCAGCACACAGCCAGCACCAACUCCCCCAACAGGGACUACAUCCCCAUGGUGGUCGAGCUGCUGGACAGAGAAGGAAACACGGUCAAGCAAGAGCACUUCCAGAUUAUGGUGAGGAUCAGGGAAGGGACGGAAAACACGCUCCCCAAACCCAGUUUUGUGGCUAUGAUGAUGAUGGAGGUCGAUCAGUUUGUCAUGACGGCUGUCACCCAUGACAUGUUGGCUGCUGAAGAUGUGGAGUCAGAAGCAGAUGACUUGAUCUUUAACAUCACUUCACCUCUCGGCUACCAGCAAGGCUACCUCAUCAGCACUGAUGACCAGAACUUGCCCAUAACUUCCUUCUAUCAGAGUGACAUCAAAGAUCUCAAGAUUGCUUACAAGCCUCCCCCGAUAGAUGCUGACGUGGAGAGGAUCUUUCAGAUUGAGCUCGAGGUUGUAGACACCGAAGGGGCAACCUCGGAUACAUUUGCUUUCAUGAUAGUCGUGAAACCCAUGAACACUCUGGCACCGGUCGCGACCAAAAACACCGGCCAGCUGCUCUUUGAAGGGCAAUCGAGAGCACUGUCCAGCGCUCAGAACUUGGAGAUCAGUGACGAGGAUAACCUCGAGGAUGUGAAAAUAAGUGUCGUAGAUGGCUUGAGACAUGGUGAGUUGACUGUACUCGGGGCUCGGAGGAAAUUCUUCACGCCUGCUGAUCUGGACGCCGGGGUCGUGGUUUAUCAGCAUGACGGCAGCGACACCUACAGUGACAACAUUAUCUUUCGCAUGACGGACGGCAGGCACCAGGUGGAGUUCUUGUUUUCCAUCACGAUUGCGCCCACUGAUGACGAACCUCCUAUUAUCAACGCCAACACGGGACUUGUUCUGUUCAAGAAUGAAAUCCUGCAAAUCUCACCCUUCAUCUUGAGUGCCACCGACAUCGAUUCCGAAGACUCCACCAUCAAAUUCACAAUUGAACCUCCCUAUUCCAAUCUUGGCCAAUUGGUCCUGCGACAAGACAAGGUGCCCGAAGAGCCAUCUGCCUGGAACUACGUGGAAGACGAUGGGGUAUACGAGAUGGUUGUAACCGAAUGGUACCAGCUGGACAUUCUGGAUGGCAAGUUGUACUAUCGCCACAUUGGGCCUCACAGCACCACCAUGGUAAUGGACGGCUUUGUGUUUCGUGUCCAAGAUGACAACGAUCCCCCAAACCAGUCAGGAGAACAUUCAUUCGCCAUCAAGAUACAACCAGUGGAUGACAUCCCACCCGAACUGUUCCCGGGCACCAUUUUGCAAAUGGUCGUAAAGGAAUAUGAGAUCACAUAUUUCCGGAAGAAGUUUAUGCGUUACACAGAUCUGGAUUCAGACGAUCGAGACCUGAAAUACACCGUUUUGACACCUCCAACCGACCUGGAUGAGAACAAUCCAGUCAGGAUGGGUAACAUAGUUUUGACAGAAAAUCCUGACACAGUCAUCACAGAAUUUACCCAAGCUCAAGUAAAUCACCAUAAAGUAGCCUAUAGUCCUCCAGAUCAGGAACUUGGAAUCAGCCCCAGAGUGCUCCAGUUUACUUUCUCAGUGGAAGACACUGCAGGAAAUUCUGUAGAAGGCACUUUCACAAUCUUUUUACAGCCAGUGGAUAACAAACCUCCUCAAAUUACUAAUACCGGCUUUAUUGUACUGGAACGUAGUGAGUUUGUCUUAACGAAGGCAGAAUUGGUGGCAACUGAUCGGGAUACAAAUGAAGACAAGAUAACGUUCACUUUGACACAAGCACCAAAGCACGGACAUUUGCAGUAUGUGGGAGUGAUAAUAAUCGUUGGUGAAUUAUUUGUCUUGGAUGACAUUGUGAAUGGACGUGUUGUGUAUGUCCACAGUGGUGACGAGUCAACAAGAGAUUCCUUCAAACUAGAUGUUAGCGAUGGUAUCCAUGAAGUUCCAAUAACUAUCCGAAUUACAGUGCGGCCUGUAGAUGAUGAGAUACCAAUCAUCAGGCUUCCCGAAGGGCAACUUGGCUCACACAUAGAUGUUCUUGAAAAUGGGGCUACCGAAAUCACAACCAAUGUCAUCCAGGGCACCGAUGAAGAUACUGAUGAUCUAAUCCUGACAUUCAUUGUGGAGGACACUCCUAAACUGGGUGAGAUUCUAGUCAACGGGCUGCCAGCAGAGAGGUUUACACAGGAAGAUAUCAUCAAUGGUGCCGUGGUGUAUGCUCAUACCAGUGGUGAAAUCGGUAUACAGAAGCGUCAAGAUUCUUUCAACUUGACUAUUUCUGACCUGUCAAAUGAAUGGGUUGUUGGUGGGAAUAAAGUACAAGGUGUCACAGUUCAAGUCACUAUAUUGUCUGUUGACAGUGUUGCACCUGACAUUGUUCUUCGUGAACGGUACACAGUUGUAGAAGGGGAGAAGAAUGUCAUAACACUGGCAAAUCUGAAUGCAAAAGAUGUGGACACACCAGAUGAUGACAUUCUGUGCACCAUAAUUGUUCAGGCCACUUGUGGAUACGUUGAAAACAUUUCUCCAGCCCCUGGGUCUGAGAAGUCAAGGACUGGAACAGCAAUUAGUGCAUUUACAAUCAAAGACAUUCGCUUAGGACAUAUCUAUUACGUUCAAAGUAUUCACAAAGAGGUGGAAAAUGUUGAAGACAGGUUCACAUUCCGCUGCUCAGAUGGUAUUAACUUCUCUCAGCGUUACUUCUUUUCAAUAAUUAUUAUUCCAGCUAAUGAUGAGAAGCCAGAGAUUUUUGUUCGGGAGUUUGUUGUGAUGGAGGGUAUGAAUCUCGUCAUUGACUCACCAAUUUUGAAUGCAGCAGAUGCUGAUAUCCCUGCUGAUGAACUCUAUUUUAUCAUCACAAAGCCCCCACAACAUGGCCACGUUGUCCAUCAGUUAACUCAUGGCACAGUCCCAGUUCGAAAUUUCACUCUGAUGGAGAUUUCCAUUGGAUCCAAUAUUGUCUAUGAACAUGAUGACUCUGAAACCAAAGAAGACAGCUUUGACAUCAAACUUACUGAUGGCAAACAUACUGUGGACAAGACUGUUACCAUCAUGAUAAUUCCAAUUGAUGAUGAGACACCACGGAUGACCAUCAAUGAUGGACUAGAAGUUGAGAUCGGUGAAUCAAAGGUGAUAAAUAACAGAGUCUUAAAAGCGACUGACUUAGAUUCCGAUGACAAAACACUGACUUAUAUCAUCCGCUAUGGUCAAAGCCAAGGCUUAUUGCAACGUUUGAGCAGGGAAGGUGGUGUGUUUGAGAACAUCACAGUGGGCAUGAAUUUUACACAAGAUGAAAUUGACCAAGGACUGAUUCAGUACGUGCACACAGGACAGGAAGGGGUACGGGAUCUCGUCAAGUUUGAUGUGACAGAUGGCAUCAACCCCCUGAUUGAUCGUUACUUUUACAUUAGCAUUGGCAGCAUUGAUAAGUUGUUCCCAGAAGUAAUCAACAAAGGAGUUACACUGAAGGAAGGUGGCAGGGUUACAUUGACUACCGAUUUGCUGAGCACCAAUGACAUUAACAGCCCCGAUGAAAACCUAAGAUUUAGUAUCACUCGUGCACCAAGCCGUGGCCACCUUGAAAUGACGGACAAUCCAGGUGUUCCCAUCACCUCCUUCACUCAGCUACAGUUAGCAGGGAAUAAAAUUUACUACAUCCAUACAUCAGAUGAUGAAGUUAAAAUGGACAGCUUUGAGUUUGAGGUUACUGAUGGCUACAACCCAGUUUUCCGCACGUUUCGUGUUUCAAUCACUGAUGUGGACAACAAGAAGCCAGUCGUUACUGUUCAUGAUUUGAUUGUCAAUGAAGGGGAAGUGAAGCUCAUCACCCCAUUUGAGCUCACAGUGGAAGACCGUGACACUCCAGACCAUCUCCUCCUAUUCACUAUCACUCAAGUGCCUGUUCAUGGCCAGUUGUUGUUUAACAGCAGUCAGUCUGUUGCCAGCUUCACCAAGCAGGACUUGAAUGAAAAUCUCAUUAGCUACAAACACGACGGCACAGAGUCAAGCAAAGACAGUUUCUCCUUCACUGUAACUGAUGGCACGCACACUGAAUACUAUGUUUUCCCAGAUACUGUGUUUGAGACACGUAGGCCUCAGAUGAUGAAUAUCCAAAUAUUAGCCGUUGACAAUGGAGUGCCACAAAUUCUUGUCAACAAAGGGGCUGCGACUCUUCGAAUUGUGCAAACUGGCCAUCUCGGGUUUAUGAUCACAAGCAAAGCAUUGAAGGCUGAAGACCGUGACAGCCCACACAAGCUGUUGAAGUUCAGGAUCACAGAGGAACCAGAACAUGGGUACAUUAUUAACAUUGGCCUGGGCAACAACAGUGUUAAUACAUUCAGUCAAGCUGAUAUCGAUGACAUGAAGAUCUCCUACAUUCUGCGUGAGGGCGACAAUGCAACCAAUGACAUCUUCUAUUUCUCUGUUGAAGAUUCUGGAAGAAAUAAGCUGAAGAGCCAGCCAUUCCGUCUGAACUGGGCUUGGAUUGCCCUGGAGAAGGAAUAUUAUCUUGUGGAUGAGGACUCCAAAUUCCUGGAGGUGACACUGAAGCGAAGGGGAUACUUGGGAGAAACAUCCUUUGUUGGUAUUGGCACCAAGGACGGUACUGCUGAAAAGGAUAAAGACUUCAAAGGGAGGUCCCAGAAGCAGGUUCAGUUUAACCCAGGCCAGUCCACUGCUACCUGGAGAGUAAAAAUCCUCACUGACAAGCAGUAUGAGAGUUCAGAGACGUUCCAGAUUGUUCUCUCCGACCCCGUCAUGGCUGCUCUGGAGUUCCCCGAAACGGCCACCGUUGAGAUUGUUGAUCCUGGUGACGAAUCGACUGUUUACAUUCCUCAGUCAGAGUAUCGGAUUGAGGAGGAUACUGGGGAGGUCCUCAUUCCUGUUUGGAGGUCUGGCGAUGUUAAUCAGGAGCUCAUGGUUAUCUGCUUUACCCAGCAAGGUAGCGCAAGUGGCACAAUUCCAUCUUCCGUCCUGUCCUAUUCUGACUAUAUCACCCGCCCAGAGGAUCACACCAGUGUAAUUCGGUUCGACAAGGACGAGAUGGAGAAGUUCUGUCGUGUCGUUGUCAUCGAUGAUUCUCUUUAUGAAGAAGAAGAGAGUUUCAACAUCACACUGAGCAUGCCCAUGGGCGGUCAGAUUGGCAAUCACUACCCCACUGCUCGCGUGCUCAUUCUUCCUGACGCAGAUGAUGAACCUGCUUUCUACUUUGGAGACAUGGAGUAUCAGGUGGAGGAGAGUGCUGGCUAUGUGGAGGUGCGGGUCUGGAGGACAGGAACAGACCUAUCGAAGACUGCGACUGUCACUGUGCGUUCUCGCAAAACAGAACCCAUGUCAGCGGAAGCUGGUGUGGACUAUGUUGGAAUCAGCCGAAACCUGGACUUUGCGCCGGGUGUCACCAUGCAAACAUUCCGGGUCACGGUGCUGGAUGACCUGGGUCAGCCUAUCCUGGAGGGACCGGAGACCUUUGAGUUGGUGCUACGCAUGCCCAUGAACUCAGUGCUCGGGGAACCCAGCAAGACGGCUGUCACUAUCAACGACUCAAUUUCUGACCUGCCUAAGGCGCAGUUCAGGGACGCUCACUAUGCCGGGAGUGAACAGGCUGGUCAAAUCACCGCUCUGGUUUACCGCAGCGGUGACAUCAGCUACAAGUCCACGGUACGCUGUUACACACGCCAGGGCACAGCCGAAGUCAUGAGUGAUUACGAGGAAAGGCCGAACACCGAUGAUUCCAUCAUAACUUUCCUGCCUGGGGAGAUUGAGAAGCCCUGCAUCGUCACUCUUGUGGAUGAUACCAUUUAUGAGGAAGAGGAAGAGUUCCGUCUGGUACUCGGAUCCGCCAAUAGUCAGUCGCUGUUCGGUGCUUCUGUGGGAGAACAGAACGAAACACUGAUAAAGAUCACAGAUGAAGGAGAUAAGCCCAUCAUAAAAUUCUCUGAAACAAAAUACAGCAUUCAGGAGCCUCAAGAACCGGGUGAGGUGGCGGUUGUGAUAAUCCCAGUGCUGCGUCUGGGCGAUGCAUCAAAAGUCUCCAUUGUACGAGUUCACACCAAAGAUGGCUCAGCCACCUCUGGUGAAGACUAUAACCCGCUCUCUGAAGAUAUCGAGUUUAAAGAAGGUGAAAGUGAGCAUGUGAUAGAGAUCGAAGUUAUGUACGACGGAGAGCGGGAGAUGAGAGAAGCUUUCACUGUCCACCUGAAGCCUGAUGAGAACAUGGUGGCUGAAACCCAGAUGAGCAAAGCGAUUGUGUACAUUGAAGAAAUGGACAGUGUGGCAGAUGUCACCUUUCCAGCAGUCCCUCAGGUGGCCUCGCUCCUGCUGUACGACGAUACUGCCAAAGUGAAAGACUCACCACAUCCACCCACGGGCUACCCCGUUACCUGUGUGACGGCCUGCAAUCCCAAGUACUCAGACUUUGAUAAAACUGGGUCCAUCUGCACUGCAGAGAAUAUCAAUGAUACACUCUCCCAGUAUCGCUGGCUGGUCAGUGCUCCGAGCGGCCUGGAUGGUGUGACCAGCCCCAUGCGUGAAGUGGACUCUAACACGUUCUUCAGCAGCACAAAGACCAUCACUCUGGACUCUAUCUACUUCCAGGCAGGCUCCCGGGUGCAGUGUGCGGCCCGUGCAUUCACUGCUAAUGGAGAGGCCGGUCUGGAGCUUCUUAGUCCUAUUGUUACUAUCAGCAAACAGGAUGGUCUGUGCCAGUCCCGAGUGCCCGGUGUGGUUGGUGCGGAACCUUUCUCUGCAAAGCUGCGCUACACCGGAGCAGAAGACCCUGACUAUCCCAACCUGAUCAAGCUGACUGUGACCAUGCCGCACAUGGAUGGCAUGCUCCCUGUCAUCUCCACCAGGCCAAUGUCCAACUUUGAGUUGACCCUAAGCCCAGAUGGUACCCGAGUUGGCAAUCACAAAUGCUCAAAUCUUUUGGACUAUAAUGAAAUCACGACUCGUUACGGCUUCCUUACUGAAGCAACCAAGAACCCCGAGGUGAUUGGUGAAACCUCUCCGUACCAAUACAGCACCGCUCUGCGCUCCGCAAGCACUCUGCGCUUUUACCGCAACCUCAAUCUGGAAGCGUGUCUCUGGGAGUUCACCAGCUAUUAUGAUAUGUCUGAACUUCUAACAGACUGUGGAGGCAACAUUGGAACAGAUGGACAGGUUCUGAACCUGGUCCAGUCUUACGUAACCCUGCGUGUGCCUCUCUACGUCUCCUACAUCUUCCAUUCCCCUGUGGCGGUGGGUGGCUGGCAGCACUUUGAUCUGACGUCAGAGUUGAAGCUCACCUUUGUGUACGACACUGCCAUCCUGUGGAACGAUGGUGUCGGCAGCCCUCCAGAAGCAGAACUCCAAGGUGCCUUGUACCCAACCAGCAUGAGAAUCAAUGAGGAGGGACGACUAGUGGUAAACUUCAAGACAGAAGUGCGAUUCCGAGGGCAGUUUGUCAUGUCUCACCCCGGUACUUCACUGGCCUCAAUGGUGAUGUCUGCUGAUCACCCUGGCCUCACCUUCACUCUGAGCCUUGUUCGCAGUGAACCGUCCUACAAACAGCCAGCACAGCAGUGGAGUUUCAUCUCUGACUUUGCGGUCCGGGAUUACUCGGGGACAUAUACAGUGAAGCUUAUCCCAUGCAGCAGCCCUAACCAGGAAUACAGCCUGCCAAUCAUCUGCAAUCCUCGAGAGCCCAUCACCUUUGACCUAGAUAUCCGAUUCCAGCAGGUGAGUGACCCAGUGGCUGCUGAGUUUAGCCUCAACACACAGAUGGUCCUGCUGUCCAAGAGAGAGCUUUGGUUGUCUGACGGCUCAAUGGGAUUCGGAGAAGGAACGGAUGUUGCCUUUUCGGAAGGUUCUCUUGUGUACGGUCGGAUUAUGGUGGAUCCUGUCCAGAACUUGGGUGACUCUUUCACCUGCAACAUUGAAAAGGUCUUCCUGUGCACUGGUGCCGAUGGAUAUGUUCCCAAAUACAACCCAACAAACAAUGAGUUUGGUUGCCUGGCUGACUCCAUUUCUUUAUUAUACAGGUUCAAGAUUCUGGACAAAGCCCAGCCUGAGACCCAAGCCACAGGGUUUGGUAGUGUUCCCUUUGACGCCAAGUUGGCUAUAGAUGUACCGGAUGCUCUAUCGCUUGUCAAGCAGCCCGGCUCUGAUGGCUUCAGCCUUGCAUCUUCUCCCCUUUUCCAGGUGGCAGCUGGCCGUGAGUGGUACAUCCACAUCAUCUACACCGUGCGCUCCAAGGAAAAUGCCAACCGAGGAAUUGGGAAGAGGAGCCUGGAUUAUCUGCACCAUUCGAUGUCCUCCACAGGCCUCAGCCGCAGUCGUCGGGCGGCACCCCAGGCACCCGAUGUUGCCCAAGAAAUUGGAAAGGAGAAGAACAGAGGUACCAACAUCCAGCACAUAGCGCUGGACCGGGCUGAUAAAAUCGCCAUCGCCCAGAAGGACUAUCCACCCAGGGGUGAGCAGCACCAGAGGCCGCUGUUGUCUGCUGGCAGUGGAGAGUCGGAAGGCAGCCUCAUGCCAUUGUUGGGGGGAGCUGGCAGCCUGCUGCUCCUGGCUUGUCUGGCCAUCAUCGUGAUCCUGCUGCUCAAGCGCAGGAACCACACUGACGGCAGGAAGCAGCCGGCGAGCGGGCAGCGAGCCGGCAGCAACGAGACGGUAACCACGAGGCAGAGCUGCAGCAGCGACAGCUCCGAGGUGUGACCGAGCCGGGAGCGGAUCAUCCCCCCCAUCCGCACCUCAUGCAAAAGACUCAUGAACGGGGCAGGGAGAGAAAAAGAAAGGACAAAUCUCCAUGCUUUAACCUUAACCCACAACAGUACCUUGUCUUGAAACAGUCAGAGCCACAGGGAGAGAGGAAACAACUUGGGAGUGGAAGGGUUGGGGCGGUCUGGGUGGGGUAUUUGCACAAGGCUUAAGUAGGGAAACCUUUAAACUUGUUGUCAAGGUGCAUUUGGUGGCUGAGAACGACCCAAGUCAAUGAAUUUGAAAGUUAUUUAUGUUCAAAAGUUAACGUUCUCCUGCAGCAUCGUGAGAUUGUUCACUUAAUGUUUUAUACACGUUGCAGUCGGUUUCUUCUGUUUGGCGUGUAUGAUAUUGAGCUGUCAGUCACAAAGUGUUGCCCUUUAUUGGCAGCACCUUGGUGUUCUUUGACAACUAUGAAACUGCUGCCACAAUCUACACCAGCACACCUGGUGCUUUUUUUCCCAAGGGAUUGUAAUGUUUCUUUUUUAAUUGUUAUUUGAGCCUAGGAUUAUCAAAACACGUCGUAAUACUUUAUCACUUGUACAGA